AUGGAUGAUUUCACUGUAUAUGGCAACUCUUUCUAUGAAUACCUUGCUAACUUGGAGAAGAUACUUCAAAGACUACUUCAACAGAACGUGCCAUUUGACUUUGACGAAAACUGUAGAACAGCCUUCGAUUUGACCAAAUCACUGCUGGUCACUGCCCCAAUCAUCCAGCCUCCCAAUUGGAACCUUCCCUUUGAGAUCAUGUGUGACGCCAGCAACUUCGCUGUAGGGGCAGUAUUGGGGCAGCGUAUAGGUAACUCUCCUCAUGUCAUUCACUAUGCCUCACGCACCUUAGACGCAGCACAAUUUAAUUACUCCAUAACAGAAAAGGAGUUGCUAGCCGUAGUAUUUGCUAUGGAGAAGUUUCAGUCCUAUCUACUUGGGAUGAAAGUGAUCGUUUAUUCAGAUCAUGUUGCAUUGAGGUAUUUGAUCAAGAAAAAGGAGGCAAAGCCGAGAUUGGUACGUUGGAUAUUGCUGUUACAAGAAUUCGAUCUAGAAAUCCAUGACAAGAAAGGAAAGGAGAACCUUGUAGCUGAUCACCUCAGUCAAAUACCUUCAGACAUGGAGACGUGCCCCAUCAAUGAAAACUUCCCUGAUGAAUACCUGUUUGCUACCCAAGAAGAGGAACCAUGGUAUGCUGAUAUAGUGAAUUACCUCGCUACAGGUGAUCUGCCUUCUGAUUUGCCCAAAUACAUGAAGGACAAGGUGAAAAAGGAUGCAAGAUUAUGUGCAAGGUGCCAACAAACAGGAAACCUCAGCAACCGAAGUGAAAUGCCACAAACACCCAUCACGGCCAAAGCAACAAGGACUGAUGAUGCAAAGGUGGUAGUUGACUUUAUGAAAACCCACAUCUUCUCUAGAUUCGGUUUGCCCAAAGCCAUAAUCAGUGAUCGAGGGACUCAUUUUUGCAAUAAGGUAGUGGAAACCCUUCUAAAAAAGCACCAUGUUAUCCAUAGAACCUCCACUGCCUAUCACCCCCAAACAAAUGGACUGACCAAAGUAUCAAAUAGAGAAAUCAAGUCUAUCCUUGAGAAGACAGUCUACCCAAAUCGCAAGGAUUGGAGUGUGCGCCUUAACAAUGCCUUGUGGGUCUACAGAACAGCUUACAAAAUGCCCAUAGGAAAGCUACGGUCUAGGUGGAUUGGGCCAUUCUUGGUGGAGCACGUCUAUCCAUAUGGGGUUAUGGACAUACGCAGUCCGGAAAUAGGCAAGAUUUUCAAAGUUAAUGGGAACCGACUGAAGCCAUUUUCAUGA